AUGACCGAAGUUGUGAAGGAGCCCGAGAGGAUGCGCACUCUAGAGUCGUUUCCGUGCCCAGUUGCUGGCUGUGCCCGUGGUUUCAAGAAAAAACCCCACCUGCGCCGCCACAUGCUCCAGCACGGAGGCGUCAAGAUUCAAUGCGCGUCCGAGAACUGCCCGAAGGCCUUCUUCGACGCCAGGAGGCUCAAGAGACACGCACACUUUGCUCACGGAGAGAGCGAUUAUUUCAAGUGUAACCAACCGGAGUGCUCCUUGACCUUCAAGAAACGCAGAUUAUAUAAGAUGCACUUAAAGGAACACAAUGUGCCUGUUGAAUUCAAAUGUUCUCAGGCUGGAUGUACAGCUACAUUUGACUCCCACAUUGCCCGCAAAGCCCAUGUGAAGAAGCAUGCAGGUUACCGCUGCCCUAAGGCUGACUGCCAGGUACUUGAACAUAGCUGGGGGAAACUUGUGAAGCAUAUGGGCACACACCCAGUCAUACGCACAUGCAGCGUGUGCAAGAAGACGUUUCAGAAGGUGGGUGCCCUGCGGAGGCACAAACGGGUCCAUGCUUCCCAUAAACCAGUCCUGGCCUGUCCCAGGGAGGACUGCCCGGCCUACUUCUCCACAACCUUCAACCUGCAGCACCACAUUCGCAAAGUGCACCUUGAGCUCCUCAAGUACAAGUGUUCCUUUCCCGACUGCCCGCGCAUGUUUGCCAUGCGGGAGAGUAUGACCAGACACCUCCUCCGCCAUGACCCAAGUGCUGCUGUUCUGAAGAAACGUCCAAGAUCCAAAAAAUCUUGGCAGAAGCGUUUGAAUGGACAACAGUUUCCCUUUGUGGAGGAGAACCUGAAUCGCCUCUUCAGUCAGCGCAUGCGCAUCUCCAGACGCACCAAAGUGGAAACCAACCUCUCGGGUCUGUUUAACGAACGCAAGAUCCCCCACUACGUUGAUCCGGAAGUCAACCUCCGCGGCUUGUUCGGGAUCAAAAGGCCUUAUCCUCUGGAGGGCCCUGAGGCCGUCGCAGUGGAAGGAUAAGUGAAAAUGUAGACAAGCAGAAUUUAUUUUGA